AUGCCUAAGAAACGCAGAGUUGGUGAAGGCUUCCAGGAGCUCACUGCAACACCAAAUCUGCAAGUUCUGAAGGAAAAGGAGCUCCAGAAAAGGGAAAAGGAGCUGAGGAAAUCAAACCGGGUUACUGUGAAGCGACGUUUGGGCAUGGUUCGCCCCCGCCCCCCUCCUCCCGCCCCCGCUCCGCCAGAUGAAGAAGUAGCUCAUAUAAUAAACUGCAGUACUAAUGAAGAAAAGGACGCAACGACCGUGUUCAUUGCAGGAGGAACCAUGCUGCAAGUGCUUGCGUUUUCGCUGCUGGCGGUGGUGGGCACGUCAUCAGCAGCUAAGAUCUUGGUGAUCGCACCAACCCCGUCCAUCAGCCACCAGCUGCCGUUCCAUAUCCUGACAAAGGCUCUGCUGCAGAGGGGGCACCGAGUCACCCUCAUGACGACAGACUCCAUGAAGGUCAGCCAAAAGCAUAUUAUAAACAAUUUGACUUGUGACACCAUGGCGAUGAGACCAUUGAAUGAUCGUGAGUUGGAAGAAAUAGUAAAUGCCUCACCAGAUGAAGGAUCACUUUCUGAGUUUGAAGAUCACAUCAGCAAUGCAUCUGAAAGCGAGUGUUCCGAUGACAGUUACGACAGUCCACAGCCCAUACAAAAUAGUGUAGAGACUUUUCUUUCUAAAAAUGGGAAUAUAGAAUGGCAGUUGCAUCCACCAGCACAACAUGGUCGCCUACCAGCUUCGAACAUCAUCAAGAGUACCCCAGGAGUUACCAGAUCUGGCGAAACGUUCGACCUUGCGAUUCUGGAGGGCUUGAUAUACAUGUGUUAUUAUGGACUCAUACACAAAAUGGGCUCGCCUCCUGUCGUGAAGUUUCUGACGAUGACGGCUCCCUCGUCCGUCUACUACAACUUCGGAAGCCCCAUGAACCCUGCCUACAUGCCGGAUAUGUGGCUCGGGUACUCAGACCGUAUGAAUUUCUGGCAGCGGCUGUACAACACGUACUUCUAUUUAAGGCUGAUGCACAUGUGGUUCUGUCAGGCGAUGCCAGUUCAUGAAGCACUUAUGAGGAAACAUUUUGGUCCAGACCCUCCGUCUGUGUACGAAGCGGACAGGAACGUCAGUCUCCUCAUAACCACCAACCACUUCGUCUUGGAAUACCCUCGCCCGCACCUGCCCAACAUCAUCGAGAUCACCGGAAUCCACGUUGCCACAGAACAGAAGCCUCUGCCAAAGGACAUCAAGCAGUUUCUGGAUGGAGCAGAACACGGCGUCAUCUACUUCAGCCUAGGAACCAAUGUCCGCAGCAAUGCGAUGUCAGACUGGAAGCGACAGGCAUUCAUUGAAGCGUUCCGGGAGCUGCCCCAGAGGAUCCUCUGGAAGUGGGAGAACGACUCCCUUACCAGCCGGCCUGAGAACGUCAUGGUCAGCAAGUGGCUGCCACAGCAGGACGUACUAGCUCAUCCAAACGUGCGACUCUUCAUCACGCAAGGUGGCCUGCAGAGUCUGAACGAAGCCACGUACCACGCCGUGCCGCUGCUCGUCAUCCCGUUCUUCUGCGACCAGGCGCACAACGCCGCUAAGAUACAACAGAGUGGGGCUGGCGUCCGGCUAGAGUACAGAGACAUCACCAAGGACGACUUGCUGAGGAACAUACGGACCGCCCUUCACGACUCCAAGUACAGGGAGAGCAUGAGAACUUUGUCGUCGGUAUUCCGUGAGCACCAGGUGGACUCUGUGGAGCGCGCCGUGUGGUGGCUGGAGUACGUGAUACGUCACAAGGGGGCCCCGCACUUGCGCAGUAGCGCCCUCGACCUGCACUGGUGGCAGCGGCUGCUGCUGGACGUCGUCGCCUUCCUGCUUCUGGUUGCCGCCAUUGCAGUCUAUCUUGUGUGCAUAUCUAUUCGCAGACUUGUCCAGUUUCCCUCAGGAUUUAAAGUGAAGGUAAAAACUGAGUAG